UUCCUCCCUUUCCAAUCUCCCAAACGCAUCUCAACGGAGAUACUUUGUCGUGGAUGAACCUUGUCCUUCUCCGAAGGAUCUCCCUUUACUCCUUCUCUUUUUGCCUCGUGUUUUCUACCUAUUAGACGACGGUCUUUUUCCUAUCAAGACCAAGUCGGACUCUGUUUUCUGUCCAUCGUUUCCCGGGGACUCUGUGUUUCAGUCCGUAGCUUGCAAGAUACUAGGAUAAGUAUAUUGAGAUCCAAAUUAACGUCUUCGUAGCAUCGCUGGAGCCGUCCCGUCUAAGGCAAGUUCAAAGAAAUCGAUGCUUCAUGGUCUAUCACAUUUUGACUUCUCAUCAUACAUCACGAACUGCAGAUACAGCUAAUAUUUAAAUAUGGAGUUGAAUAGCAUUAAAGAUGCAUUUGACCGUGUUACUAAGAAGCAAAAGUUAUCUAGUUCUAAGAUUCAAGAAGUGAUUGAUCAGAUUAGCAAAGAAAUUGAGAAAGCUUUGGACAAGAUUCAGUCAGCCAAUGGUCCUGACUCUGUACUUGAUCACAGAUCUGUCCUCAGUGAACUUCACACUAGUUUACGUAAUGUUGCACCAGUUAGCCAAUUGGAAGGUCCACAAAAGGAGCUUAAUGUCGCACUCACCAAGUAUGUGAAGAUCCUUGAGAGAUCCUUCAACCCCGAUAUAUCAAAGGCUUAUAGAAAUAUUGAUUUUGAUAUACACACUUUAAAUCAAAUAAUUGCGAGCCAUUUCUAUCAUCAAGGCCUCUUUGAUAUUGGAGACUAUUUUAUAAGUGAUGCUAAGGAACCAGAAGCUGCUGCUGUUAUGAAGUCUUCAUUCCUGGAAAUGUACCAAAUACUCGAAGCAAUGAGGAACCAGGACUUAGGACCAGCCCUCAACUGGGCUGCCACUGUUUCUGACAAGCUCACACAAAAUGGAUCUGACCUUUUAUUGAAACUUCAUUCCAUGCAAUUUUUGAAAAUACUGCAAAGUGGAAGUAGAGAUGAAGCUCUUCAGUACGCUCGAACUCACCUUGCUCCUUUUGCUUCCAGUCACAUGGAUGAGAUCCAGAAGCUUAUGGUCUGUAUUCUAUGGAUUGGAAAGCUUGAUCAGUCUCCGCACCAUGCAUUAAUAUCACCAAGUAACUGGGACAGGCUGGCUGGAGAACUAAAAAGGGAGUUCUGCAAUCUCUUGGGUCAAUCUUACAACAGCCCAUUGAGUGUGACUGUGGCAGCAGGGAUUCAGGGUUUGCCUCCUCUUCUUAAAUUUAUGAAUGUCAUGGCAGGGAAGAAGCAGGAAUGGCAGACUAUGACCCAGCUGCCUGUACCAGUCGAGUUGGAUCGGGAAUUCCAGUUUCAUUCUAUUUUUGUUUGUCCUGUCUCAAAGGAGCAAUCAACCGAGGAUAACCCUCCUAUGUUGAUGUCGUGUGGCCAUGUCCUUUGUAAGCAGUCUAUCGCAAAGAUGUCCAAGAACAGCACAAAGAUGUUUAAGUGCCCAUAUUGUCCCUUUGAUAUUGACGCAGCACAAUGCAGGCAGUUAUAUUUCUGAUGUUGAUGAACUGUUUGAAAAAACACACACACUCCCUCCCUCCCUCUCACUCUCAUGUGUAUCAACAGAAUGGUGUUGUAGAAAAGUUCCACUGUGAAGCAGGGGCGAAUAUCGUGGUGACAUAAACCCAUGCCCUCUUCUGAUGUCUGUCUGUCUGAACACUAAAUUCUUUUUUUAGUUAUGUCAAAGGGCAAGUUCGUCCACUACAACAA